AUGAGUGAAGAAGUCACUGCUCCUUUAUACUUAUUGAAGUCUAAGGAAAAGCCAAUUAUCCCUGCUUUUCUGUUGUCCCGACACCUUUAUGAGGCCUCCCAGCGUGCGCUAGGUCGUUUUUCAUCAAGGAGAAUCAAGACAGUACAGCAGUUGUUUACUGGAGGUCAGCUCCCAUUUUUACUGGAUGGCAAUGAAUUACACAUGGACACUAACAAGAUUGAAGAGUUUCGGGGGGAGGUGCUGAGUGCCCCUAGGUGCCCCAAGUUGACAGCAAAGAACCCAGAAUCCAGCAUAGCUGGCCUAGAUGUCUUCACCAAAUUUUCUGCCUACAUCAGGAAUUCAAACCCAGCACUCAAUGCCAACUUGGAGAAGGGACUUUUGAAAGCCCUGAAGAUUCUGGACAAUGAUCUGACAUCACCACUUCCAGAGGAGGUUGAUGAGACAAUUACAGAAGAUGGGGAUGUUUCCCACAAAAGGUUUCUGGAUGGUGAUGAGCUUACAUUGGUUGACUGUAACCUACUUCCCAAGCUCCACAUUGUACAGGUUGUAUGUAAGAAAUAUUGGGGAUUUUCCAUCCCAGAAGAGUUUCAAGAGGUGCAAAGAUAUCUGUGCAAUGCUUAUGCCAGAGAGGAAUUUGCCUCUCCUUGUCCAGAUGCUGAGGAGAUAGAGCUGGCCUAUGAGCUCAUAGCCAAAGCCCUACAGUUGCCAUGGACAGAGCUUCUUUCCUCCCCUCCCCUUCUUCUUUACGAAAUGGCUUCAUAA